AUGCAGUUUGGUACUCCCACACUGAGUGACCAUCAUAAGAUUAACAUUGACCUUAGGAAUCUAAGUUGGAGGGGCAUCCAGUACAAAUUUUGCUCGGGAAAAGUUCGGAAAAUGAGAACUGUAUUGGUAACUUGUGGUGCUACAGUGUCGUUUCCGGGUCUCAUCGAAACGAUUGUCGAUUCUAAGGUGCUCAAAACGUUGAAAGAGCUAGGAUAUGAGCGCAUCCUGCUUCAGUACGGACGAGGGUAUGGACGCGAAUUUGUCAAACUGGUAGAAAAUCGGUUUAAGGAUGCUUCAAUGGGCUCCAAAAGCGACAUUUCCUUGAUCCAAGAUGCCCAGGUGGUGAAAAUACAAGGGUUACAGAUUUACGGGUUCGAGUUCUCGCGCCAGAUCGAGACGCUCAUACAAGAUUAUGCGGACUUGGUAGUGUCCCACGCUGGUACGGGGUCGAUUUUAGAUUCAUUGCGUCUGGAGAAACCAUUGAUUGUUGUGAUAAACGAUACGUUAAUGGACAACCACCAGCAGUUGAUAGCGAACAAGUUCGAGCAACAGAAGCUGCUCUGGGCCAUCCAUGCGCGGGUCCCUGAGAUGGUGCGGGCACUAGAACGCAGCGAAGGCGAGCAAUUGUGCAAGAUAGGAAGUUCGUACAACAAGCAGUUCGAACAGCUGCUAUGCGCUGUUGCGUGCGAAUGA